GCGGCGCAGUGAGGCGAACCAUGAGCGUUAACGAGAAGUACGUGUUCUACGGCGGAGAGUUGGAAGAGCCGAUCGAAGGUGGCUGUCGAUCGCUGGGAGAACUGAUCAUCAAACGGCUGAAGGAGAAUGGCGACGAUGUAGCCUUCAUCGAUGGUCUCACGGAUGAGCAAUUCACGUACGCCGACGUACUGGAGCGUUCGGUCCGGCUGGCAAACCGCUUCCACCGGCUGGGCUUAAAGAAAGACACGGUGGUGGCGGUGAUGUGCGAAAACCGUAUCGAGCUACCGAUCGUAACGUUUGCGGCGACCUACCUACGCGCGAUCCCGAUCCUGCUGAACCCUGCCUACACCGCCACCGAACUGGCCCACGUACUGAAGCAAACGCAACCGCGGGCCAUUUUUGCGUCCCCUCUCGCGAUGGCCACACUGCAGCCGCUGCUGAAGACGGUGCCCUCGCUAAAGCUGACCGUUCUGUUCGGUGACAAGAAACCGAACGCUCACGUAACGCUGUUCCGGGAGCUGUUCGAUCGCAACCGAGCCCAGUUCAUCACCUUCACGCCACAGCCGGUGAAACUGCGAGAGCAGGUCGGCCUGAUGGUGCUAUCGUCCGGCACGACCGGUCUACCGAAGGCAGUCCAGCUGACACACUACAACGUGAUGUGCGUGAUGGCGUAUAUGCGCGAAGGGGCCAAAAUGUUUCCGAUCGAGCAGAUUGCCCUCGGUCUGCUGCCGUUCUUCCACGCGUACGGCUACAUGGUGGUGCUACACUCGCUGAUGAACCAACGGAAGAUAGUUUCGCUGCCCAAAUUCGAACCCACGCUGUUCCUGUCCACCAUCCAAAAGUACCGCGUAACGGUGGCUUCGCUGGCCCCACCGCUGCUGGUGUUCCUUGCCAAACAUCCGCUGGUCGACAAGUAUGACCUCAGCUCGCUGCUGCUGAUCGGCUGCGGGGCUGCCCCACUCAGCAAGGAGAUCGAACAGGCGGUGCUGAAGCGUCUACCGCACCUGCUGACGAUCAUGGUCGCGUACGGAUUGAGUGAAAGCUCGCUCGGUGUAACGACGCGUAUUAGCGACGAGCACGGUAGCGUCGGCAAGGUGAACAAACUGAGCUGGGUGAAGGUGGUGGACGUGAAGACGGGCCGCACCCUCGGCCCGAACGAGGUCGGUGAAAUCUGCAUCAAGGGACCGCUGAUAAUGAAGGGCUACCUGAACAACGAGAAGGAAACCCGCUCGAUGAUCGACCGGGACGGCUGGCUGCACAGUGGCGAUACCGGCUAUUUCGAUGAGAACGAAAACUUCUACAUCGUCGAUCGCAUCAAGGACCUGCUCAAGUACAAGGGCUUCCAGGUGGCGCCGGCCGAAGUGGAAGCGGUCCUGCUGACGAAUGGCAAGAUACGGGACUGCGCCGUGGUCGGGUUGCCGGAUGCGGCCGCUGGUCAACUGCCGUUCGCGUUCGUGGUGCUGCAACCGGGUGCAACGCUAACCGAGUCCGAGGUGAAGCAGUACGUUGCGGAGCGACUGUCCAAGCAGAAGCAUCUGCACGGUGGCGUGCGGUUCGUGCACGAAAUACCCCGGACGGCUAGUGGUAAAACUCUUCGCCGAGAGCUAACCGCACUGCUGGGCAAGGCAAAGCUUUAAAUCAAUA